AUGGCAAAAGCAAUCGCCAUUACAUUUAUUGUUGUAAUCGUAACCGAGGCAAUCGUCAUCAUCAUAGGAAACACGUUCACCAUUUUUGUCUUCUGGACUCAGAGAUUCCAUCUCAAGCGAAUUUGUUUUCUACUGAUCAAUCUCGCGGUGGCUGAUCUACUUGUGGGAAUAGCAGAACCCAUUGUCCUCGGAGCCGAUACAUUUGACAAAAUGGUAUCGCUUGGAAAAAAGGAAGGCAAAAUAAUCAUUCUUUCAACUGCUUUUCAAGUCCUUGGUUCAAGUACAUCGGUGUUCUUUCUUGCCAUAAUCUCACUGGAACGAGUUUUCGCCGUGUUGUGUCCUCUUCGUCACCGGGUAACAAGUAUUCGCCCUUACAUUUGUAGCAUCUUUAUGAGCUGGGCAGCUGGAUUCUGUCUGGCUGGGAUCUUCUUAUUAGAUACAUACCACAGAGAAGUCGGUAGGUUGUAUGCUGCUGUGGUUAUUCAUUCGUGCCUUUUGGUAUCUGGGUUGGUUAUCUGUGGAAGUUACCUCACGAUCCGUAGUCGACUGCGCUCUGCACCACGUGAUCUUCAGGUGCACAACCGAAAUUUAACUGAGCGGAAUUUACGACUUUCUAGGACAUUGUUUAUAGUAGUUGCUGUGUCACUUGCGUUUUGGCUGCCAGGUUUUGUAGCGUACGUCUUAAGAGAGUUCUGCUGGGAAUGUAUCUCUCCGCCAAUAGCGUCGACGGUAAAUGUCCUGCGCUUGGCAAAUUCCAUGGUGAAUCCAUUCGUUUACAGUUUUAGAAUGCCAAUAUUUAAAGAUGCCUUUAAGAAGCGCAGGAGAAAUAUUAGAAGAACCACUGAGUUAAGAGCUGUUAGAGUAAAUACAUCGAGUAAAGAUCAUGAAACGGGCCUGUAG